UAUCCGGCCGCUCGGCAGCCCACCGCAGGCGCCCGAUGUCACCGGCCCGCUCCCCAACCAGUUGGCUGAGACCUCUUUGGAGGAAGAUGGUGACCAUCAGCGACCUGCCCCCCGACAUCCUGGAGGACGUCCUGUCCCGGGUCCCCGGCGGGGAUCUGGUCGGCAGCUGUCGGCUGGUCUGCUCGCAGUGGCGCUCCGUGGUGGAUCUGCCUGCCCUGUGGAAACGCAAGUGCCAGCGGGAGGGCUAUCGCCUCCUGGCCUCCGACGGAAGCGCCCCGGACUGGAAGACCUUCUACUUCCUCUCUGUGAUGAAGAGGAAUCUGAUCAAGAACCCGUGCGGAGAAAAGGGCUUGAAGUUCUGGGAGUUCAAGUCGAAGAAAAAGAAAGUGUGGAAGAUUGAGAAAGCACCGGAAGCCGAUGUGUAUUUCCCCCAAAUUCGGAAAUGCUUUGUCGCCUAUCAUUUGUGCACCUUCAAGCACCAGCUGAUCACCUUAAAGGAUGAAGGCUACUGGGACGAGCUGAUGGAUGAGACCAAGCCGGAUAUCGUGGUGAAAGACUGGUAUUAUUUCAGCCCCAACUACCGUUACGAGUUGUGUGUGAAACUGUUGUCUGCAGACUUCAGCGUCCUGCAAGAAUGUUGCCCGGAAAAGUUCCUCAGAAAUCAAGAGCGAGGCGAGGAUAAGUGGUGCGAGGUUUCGUACACCUUUCACGACUACCCAGCUGGUGUCCGUCACAUCCGCUUUAUCCAUGGGAGCGAAGGCUGGACCUACAUGCGGGUCACCAACAGCAGCGUCACCGUUGGCCCGGAAGCCGCGCAGCGGGGAGAAGAGCUUUGUGGUCCACAGAUGCAGCCCUGCUCUGUCUUCUGACCCUUUGGGACGUCAAGUGGUGCUGUGGUUGAGAGUGUCCGGCCGAGGAUCCGGGUUCAAGGCUUGGCUGCCAGGCAACCUCGCUUGUGACCGUAGGCCAGUUGCUCUCUCUCUCAACCUAACCGUCCUUGCAGGGCGGUUGUUGGGAGGAUCCAGUGGAGGAGAGGAAAAUUUUGUUUAAGCCGCGUUGGGACCCUCUUGGGGAGGAAAGUGGGGUAUAAGCAAACAAAGAGACAUACUGGGGACCCACGAGGAACCUGCGCCUCCAGAAUACUUUCAGUUUCAAGGGCUGUGAAGAUCCCGGUUCGCCUGUCUGCCUCUGUUUUCUGCACAGUCAUUGUCAAGUUCUGUGUGCACACGUGUGCUGCUGCUUCUUGUUAAAAAUCUGACAAAAGUUGUGGUUUUCUACGUAUCUGGGGAUUCCCCCCCCAAAAAACACGCAGAAAUCCCACACUUGUCUGUGGGUGGUUCUGUAUGGCUGCCCUACAGAUAGGUGUUUGGCCCUCGGGUUUGUUAUUAGGAGGGAUUCUCUACCGGGAAGAGGGCUUUGUCCAGGGGCAGGGGGACACCUGUGUUGCGAAGGCCCUUUUAUUACAUUGUUCCUCUGUGGGUGAGGCUUUUUUUCUUUCCCUGAUUUAAUUUAUGUACACAUUUGACGACCUGUUCAUUGUUUGGAUCUUGGUUGCCGCUUCCGUUGUUAUUUUUUUGGUCCGGAGACCUCCCCCCCCCCCGAAAAGAGGUCCUCUGUCUUUUUGGACGUCCCGUCCUGUUCACUGCACUGAUUUAUUCUGUCAAGAGGAAGGUCGGCUUGCUUAGGGUCGGUGAGUGUAGUUAGGCCUCAGGCGCUGGCUUCCCAAGUAAAAGAACAACGCCUUUCACUUCAGAUCCAGACAAACUGGGCUCUUCAACAUUUAACACCAAUUUGGUAAGAAGGGUCGGAAAAUGCAAAACUGGAUACAGGAGGAACCGUCUUUGUUCCCGUUCUGUAUUAAUUCACACUUGAGCCUUCUGAUGCUUUUUCUGCCAGCGUUCUGAUGGUGGGGGGAAUUUCUCUGCUUAGGUCCUGAGACGUCAGCUCUGCCCCUGUUUCCUGAAGUCCUUCGGAGCUCUUCCUCUCUGUCUCCUGGCUGACCAAGCUAGGUCUACUUAGACCUUGAAGGGGGAUUGAAAAAUCUAACUCUUGACUGGCUCCUGUCCAAGUUGGCUGAAGGGGCUAACAGGAUUACGGUCUCCCUGCUGUCUGAUGGGUUCUUCUAUACCCAGGCUCAGGGACCAGUACGAGAGCUUUGUUUUCGCUCCUUUUUCUCUAACUGGAUAACAUAAGAAUAUAAGAACCCUGCUGUGUCAGACCUGUGGUCCAUCUAGUCCGGCAUCCUGUCUC